AUGAGUAUACGUUCAACAACUCCAAAUAAGAUGUUUGGAAUUACAGAAUUAGAGGACUAUAAAAUUACUCAAUUCAAGCGCCCUUAAACUUCAAUGAAGUUUUCACUAUAAAAAAUUCAAGAAAUUGGUUAAUCACUCAACAAUAUUUUACAGAAAAAGAAACCACAGAAUGAUAAAAAAAUAUUGCAAUUUUUCAAUGAUAGAUUCAAUCAAAACUUGUAAGAUAUUAAUACAUCAUCAUUUUAUGAUUCUAUAACUCAAGAGAAAUAAACAAUUUCUAAGAGAAAGUAGAAUCAUACCAUUUUCGCUACCAAUUACAGUCAUUUGGGUGGAACUGAAACUGAAAGAUCUCAUAACAACAUUAAAAAUCAAAGGGAAUCGUUUAAAUAUUUAAAUAGCAACAGAUAAAACAAAAAUUAAAAUAUUUCGUAAAAGAUUAAUAGUGGUCUUAGAAAUUAAUCUUGGAUAUGGGCCAACGAUAACAAUCAUAUUAACUAAUGCUCUUUAGAUUAUAGUAAAUCUGAAAACAUCACAACUAGAAACAAUCGAAUUCACUAAUCUAGUUAAUCAAUAAUCUAAGAUCUGGAUUAUUAUUCUCUAAAAUCUAUAGCUGUUCACAUUUAAAAUGAUCCCAAUCAAACCGAUCUUAUAGUAUGCUGUCAAAAUUACAAAUUAUAUUAAUUAAACUAAUAUUCGAAGAUGGUCACAUGCAUAGGAUAACAUUAUCGCCCGAUUAAAUAAAUGACUAAAAUUAUCAUCUAGGCUAAUAACAAAACAUUUUAUACUAGUAGCAGUGACUGUUAGAUAAUACAAUGGAUUUCUGAUUCUAUGCAUGGACCUUUUAAAUAUUAAUAAUCGAUUAGAAUAGAAGAGCCUCCUAUUUAAUUGCAUUUAGAUUAAUAAGGAUCAUUAUAUAUUUUGACUGCCAAUUUCUUGACCUUUCAAAGUUAUAAAAUACCAUUAAGUGGAAAUGUGAAAUGCUUUAGUGUGACUCCUAAACAAAUAAUUAUUGCUAUCGAUAAUUAAAUACAUUAAAUAAUUGAUGAUAUAACUAAUAUUUAAAAAAUAUAACUUGAUAAACAUAUCAAAACUAUCUUCUAUGAAGAUCAACAAUUAUAUAUACUUACUACACAAAGAUCAUUAAUUGUUUUUGAUGAUUAAUAAAAUAAUUUAAUAUUUAAUUCAGAAAUUGAAUUGGAUGCUGAUUGGAUAUAUGCUAUGCCUAAGAAUUAGAUCAUUAUUCAAAAGGAUAAAUGUGUCAUUAUAUAGUCCUUUCAAAGAACUCGGAAGUUUUAAUUUGCUGACAAAAUUACUUGUUUACUACCCUUAUCUUAAUAGAUAUUAAUAGGAGAUUCAAACAAAACUAUUAAAAUUAUUAAACUUUGA